CGCUUCCUGUUCCUUUCUCUCCUGCCCCCUUCCUCUGAUGCUGUCUUUUUAAUUGCUGAAGCAAAACCUUGCCCUUCGGUAAUUUGCAAUUGCUGCAGAUCUCCAGCUAAGAAGCUUUCUUUGUUGCAGCAUCUUUCAGGUGGCGCUGUUGGUAGACUAAUGAGCGAAAACGAGGAUAUAACCGAACUAAAGAAGGAACCAUGUGGGUCCUUGUUGGAAACGCCCGAAGGCCUUUCCGGGUUUCAUGAAGUGGAAGGAAUCUGUGAGAUUAAGCACAGACUGGACGGCCCUCCGAGCAUCAUUCCAGGCUUAGAUGAAGGCAGCUCUGUUGAAGGGACGUCCUAUAUAUGCUCCGAAUGCGGCAAGAGCUUCUGCAGCAUAUCGAGCCUCAUUGGCCAUCAGAAAAGAAACCAUUCAGGAGAGAAGCCGUAUAAAUGCUCCGACUGUGGAAGGAGCUUCCACCAGAGCUCUGAUCUUGUUAAACAUGAGCGGAUACAUACAGGGGAGAAGCCGUAUCAGUGCUCUGUUUGCGAGAAGCGGUUCAAUCAACGGUCUUACCUGAUCGUACAUGAACGGUUUCACACAAAAGAGAAGCCAUAUAAAUGCUUCUUGUGUGGGAAGAGCUUCUGUUCCAACGCGCAUCUCAUGACACACCAAAGAACCCACACUGGAGAGAGACCUUAUCAAUGUCCUGACUGCGGGAAAAGAUUCACGACCAGUUCAAACUUCGUGAACCAUAAGAAAACUCACACAGAGGAAAAACCUUUCAACUGCUCCCUCUGUGAGAAAAGUUUCAAGCGGAGCUCAAAUCUGAUCCAACAUGAGAGAACUCACACAGGCGAGAAGCCCUACACCUGUCUAACCUGUGGGGAAAGCUUUGCUUCUAACUCGGGUCUCGUAAAACAUCAGAGAAGCCACACGGGAGAGAGACCUUACAAAUGCUCCUACUGUGGCAAAAGCUUCAGUCAGAGCAUGAUACUCACUCAGCAUGAGAGAACCCACACAGGAGAGAAACCGUGCAAAUGCCUCGUCUGUGGGAAAAGUUUCCGUUCCAGCUCAGACCUUGUAAAACACAAGAGAAUCCACACAGGAGAGAAACCGUAUAAAUGCUCGCUGUGCGGGAAAAGCUUCACGACCAGUUCGGAUGUGGUGAAGCACGAACGAACCCACACAGGUGAGAAGCCGUACAAGUGUGGCACCUGUGGGAAAAGUUUCAGCCAGAGUGCACACCUUAUGCAACACCAGAGAAUCCACACAGGAGAGAAACCGUACAUGUGCCUCACCUGUGGGAGAUGCUUCACUUGCAGCGCACACCUCGUGGUGCAUAAAAGAACCCACAAAGAGGGGGAGGCCUUACAAACAUAAAUUGUUCUGGUGGGUGUUUUUUGAUGGGAGGAAUGGAAACAACUUUACUACCAGGUCUGAUGUAGUUAAGCAUCAAAUAUUCCAUGCAAAAAGGAACCUUAAGAGUGAACUUUGCAGUGGUUAAAGCAGACCUUUAUGAAACAAUUUAGAACCUGAUUUAGAGAGGUGUGUAAAAAAUAAAAAAAAGUAACCGUUUUAAUCUUACAAUGCAUGAAAAAAACAAUGCCCAGCUAGGAGAGAAGCCAUAACAUUUUCAGACUGUGAGAAUACAGGCAUGUUCCUAUACCUCACUGAGUAACACAGGUGGUAAAGCCAAAGUGACCCUAACCAGCGUUCCUAAUUAUUUCGUUACAGCGGUGCAUUUGUGUAAGAGAUCAGACCAUCAUUUUUGCAAAGGCACUGCAGGCCAUAGGAAUUUUGGGUGUGAAGGAGAGAAGCCACUUCAAAGGCAAAUGCAGGCAGGAAACAAGUAGAAAAUAACAAUCAUUGGUGCAAAAAUAAACGGGCUAUUCAUGCAUUGCUGUAUGUAUGUAGUUCCUUGGUAAUAAAUAGAUGGCUGUUUUCUGUG